GAGCGUUCAGAGUUCAGUCCUCGUGAACACGCGUUUUAACCGGCGGACAGACUCUCUCUGAGUUUUAGAGACUCAUGAAUAAGCAGCUUUUCUACACUUUCUGAAGAAACAUGGAUUUCCUUAUCGGGAGCCCUUUCUCCUCUCCGGUCGGCCAGCGGAUCCAAAGAGCCACAAGUGCUGCUCUACAGGCUGAGGAUUGGGCCAUUAACAUGGAAAUCUGUGACAUAAUCAACGAGACAGAUGAAGGACCUAAAGAUGCAAUAAGAGCCAUAAAAAAGAAGAUUGUGGGAAAUAAGAACUUCAGAGAAGUCAUGCUGGCACUGACUGUGCUUGAGACCUGUGUGAAGAACUGUGGUCAUCGAUUUCACAUUUAUGUCUGCAGCAGGGAGUUUGUAGAGGGAGUGCUGGUGCGGACCAUUCUCCCCAAAAACAAUCCCCCCAUGAUCUUACACGACAGAGUAUUAAGCCUUAUUCAGUCUUGGGCUGAUGCCUUCCGGAACGCUCCAUCGCUGUCUGGAGUGGUGAGCGUGUAUGACGACCUGAAACGGAGGGGCCUGGAGUUUCCCAUGACCGAUCUAGAUGCCCUUUCACCCAUACACACCCCUAGCAGGAGCACCCCAGAAAAUGGCACAACUGCCCCGUCUGUUGCAGCACCUGCUCCAGUCUCCAGUACACAUGCUGCCAUCCCUGCAUCUACAAACACUCCACAGCCCCCUGAGACAAAUGGAGCACCUGUUCCUAUCUCACCUGACCAGAAACAGAAGCUGAGUGCAGAGUUAGACCUGGUUAAGGGGAAUCUGACCGUAAUGACAGAGAUGCUGAACCAGCUCAAACCAGGAGAUAGCUCACCUUCAGAUACAGAACUCCUACAGCAGUUGUACUCAGUGUGUAAAAGCAUGCAGCAGAGGGUGGUGGAGCUGAUCCCCAGGCUGAGUGAUGAAGAGCUGAUUGGAGAGCUGCUGGUUCUCAACGAUGAUCUGAACAAUGCUUUCAUCCGCUAUGAGAGGUUUGAGAGACUCAGCGUUGCACAAAGAACACCAGCAGAACAAGUCCAGAACACUGGAAACCUAAUAGACCUCAACCCUGUCACACCACCAGCCAAUCAGACUUUAGUUCCACCUGUCAGUCAACCAGUGCCCCAGCCUUCAUCACAUACCUUGAGCUCUGCAGCUACAGAAGAUGAGGAAUUUGAUAUGUUUGCUCAGACGAGAGGUAGUUCACUGGCCGAACAGAGAAAGAGUGUUAGAUAUGAAGAUCCUGGUGCAGUAGAGGGCCUGGCAGGGGCUCUGGACACUCGGCUGCAGGUCACCGGAGGGAAUGUAGCAGCUGACUGGACUCUUCAGUCUCAGUGGAUUUACAGUGAUAUGUACAGUAAAGAGCUGGUGGCGGCACCGCGGACUGCUGCCAUGACUGAAAUUGAGAAGUGGUUGUCUGAAGAGACGCAUGAUUUUGAGGACGGUGAUGGCGUGACUAGUGAAGAGUUUGAUAAGUUUCUAGCAGACAGAGCUAAAGCGGUGGAUCAUCUCCCCUCAGUCCAGAAAAACUCCUCCACUGCACCAAACCCCCGACCACCGUCCCAGUCGACCCAGAAACAGGAGAGCGCUCAGGACCAGCUAUUCUCCCUCUAACACUCUCAGAUUAAUAAAAAAAGAGGAGCGUCACAGAAGCGCAGACUGUCCUGCCAACUGUCCAACACAAACUGUUCUGCCAGUUGUAGCAGCUCCUCACGGCCCUGAGAUGUGGAAAAUGUGCAGAUCUCAAUUGUUAAAAACCUCAAAUCAAAGGAAAAACUUUAACUGAUGGGAGUCAGUGUAUAAAAAUAUAUAUAUUUCAAGUCAUUGUGGAAUGUUUCUGUGCAGUUUUGACACAGUGUAUAAAACAAAUACCAGAAAACUGCAAGGUUUUUGCAUGACAGAUGAAAGAUUCAUAAUGUGUAAUUAUGUUUUGAACAUGCGUAAUUGUAAUAUAUGCAAGAUUAUUGUUGUUUUUGUGUCAAGCUUUUGAGAUAUGUGUGCGUGUGUGUGUGUGUGUAAGUCAACGGCAACAAAAUGUGUACAUAAAGUAUAUAGAAUACUGUCUCUGUUGAACAAAAAAAAUGUGUAUCUCCAAAUUAGCAACUUUACAGGAGAUGAAAAAAUGCUAAUGCUGAAGAGUUUUUUGUCUGUCUAUCACUGCAAAGAAACUUCCAGAUUCACAUUAUGUCAAAAAGUAAGAAAAUGUAAAAAUGGAGAUACAAGGUUUUUGCUUGACCACAACGAUAAGUACUACUAGAAUUGCUAGUAGUAUACAUAAUACUGCUAGAGCUAUGACUGAUUGUUAUUCAGCUGAUUGUAAAUAAAAAAAAAUGCUGGUUGCCUCAAACACCCAAAAAAAUUGUCUUUUU